AUGUUCCGCCAGACCAUCACCCGCAACGUUCGCCUCUUCAGCACCUCGGUGCGUGUCCAGAAAUCGGCCGUGGACGCGGCAAAGGACGCAGCAAAGAACGUCGACAAGACUGUGUCGCAGACCAUCGUCAAGGGUAUCGAGGGUGCCGAGAACCUCACGGGCAAGGCCAAGGACGCUGCCUCUACUGGCGCGAAGGAGGCUGAGCGCAAGGCCGAGGAUGUCAAGAACGAGGCCUCCCGUAAGGCACAGGAUGUGAAGGAUGCGACCAAGUAG